GAGGUAUGGUUGUGGUGUAGCAUGGAGGUUGGAGGGCUGCGCUGUGGCUGCCCGCUCUCAGUGGCGCUGCCCCCGCGGAGCUGCGCCCGCGUCUCUCACGGCUCCGCGCCCUUCGCCUCUCCCUCUUCUUCCUCGCCCCGCGGCUCCGCGCCCUUUUGGAGGCCGUGGGCGCCCGGCCCCGCCGCGGCGCGCAGCCCCCGCGGGCUGGCGGAGGCCUCCGGAAAGCUGGCGCAGUACGCGCACCCCGUGAGGUGGAAAUACAGAAUCCAGAGAAUAUAUUUUUACUUGAAUGUGGAGAUUAGUUUAGUUAUUAGCCAUGUGAGGGGAAUGCUGUAGGAAGCCUGUCUAACAGAACAUCACUGUUCCUUAACUGUCAGCCUUCAUGUGCAAUAACAAGAAGGAAACUUACUCUAUGCUUGUUUCAGACUAUUUUGGCCCAAAUCAAGGUGCUAUGAUUACCUGUAUCAGGAAGCUGAAGCACUUCUGAAAAACUUUCCCGUUCAAGCUACGAUUUCCUUUUAUGAAGACUCAGACAGUGAAGAGGAUGAAGGUGAACUGGAGCAAAAUUCAAGAACAGAAUCACCUUGCUGAUAGCAAGAAAGGCCAAUCGAGCUUCUAUUAAGCUUAAUAUAUAUAAAAAAUGUAUUAUAGUAUUUUUAAAGAUGAUUUAUAUGUACAUAAGUUAUUCUUAAUAAAACUGGGAUGUUCAGUAA